UAACUGCUUAUCAAAACUAGUCAACGAACACUUUAUCUACGGCUAGGAUAUUCGCACAUUCUGCAAUUGAAAAAUUGCAAAACUUUUUUUCCUUCUCCUGUUCUCCAUCUCUCUAUUCUAUACGUACUAUCUGUAACAUGGAUCAGCCACUUUCUUACACUAAGGUGAACGCCAAGCAGCACGAGGUCACCGAAAAUAUAGUCAGCGAAUUUGAGGAGGAACUCGGUGAAAUUUCAGGACUUUGUCUGGACGUUGGUUGCGGCCCCGGUGAUGUCUUCGUCGAAUGCGUACUCCCCAAAUUCAAUUCUCGUGCACAAGCUGUCUGUACCGACAUCUCGGAGGCGAUGAUAAAAUUUUGCCGUGAAAAAUACGGUGACAACGAACGACUGUCUUUCGAAAAAUUGGAUAUCCAGACGAAAAAUUUACCGGAACGUUUCGUCGGACGGUUUGAUUACGUUUCGUCAUUCUACUGCUUACACUGGUGUUGGGAUUUACGUAAAGCGUUUGAAAACAUUUACGAUUCACUUUGUCCCGGUGGAACGAGCCUCGUAACUUUUAUAGCAAACUUACCCAUACUCGAUACAUAUCCUGGUUUGGCGGCAUUGCCCCUUUACCACCCCUACAUGAAGGACUGCGAUCACUUCAUUCCCGUAUUCCAGAACGUCAACCAGCCGCACAAGAAAUUGAAAACGAUGUUGAAGGAUAUCGGUUUUGAUGUGCAACACUGCAGUGUGAGAGAAACAUCCACAUUUUAUCGUAACGUGGAUUCGUUGAAGACAUUCCUAAUGGCGGUAAACCCUUUUACCAGUCGGUUGCCACCUGAGGUCAGAGUGAAUUACGAAAAUCAGUUAUUGACAGAAGUUUUGAAACGGCUGAUCAAAGAGAAAAAUAAAGACGAUUACAAGAUUCUAUCUACCUAUACAUUAUUCGUGGUGUAUUUGAAAAAGCCUCAAUAAUUCAAAUGGUGGAGUUGAAAAUAUUUGAUGAACAUCGGUGUACAGAUGUCAUCGUGAAAUGAGUUACCGCGAACGAAAAAAACAAAGUUAUUAUUUAUCGAACUCGUUCAAUUUUCUCGCUUGUUCGAUGGAUCGAGCUGCGGGAUGACGUCGCCAAAUUUAGCUAGAGGAUCGAUAAUAUUUGUUAUCCUAUUGAAUAAAAGAAAAAAAAAAUUCA